CAGCCGCGCUCCAGUCUGCACGUCGCCGGUAUGAAUGGCGGAGUGCCCCGCGCGCCCUGCACUCCGAGACGAGCCGCGCCGCCAUGAAGCAGUGACUGGCCGCGGGUAGAGCGCCGCGCGAGUGACGAGGACGACGGCCAGCCAAAGGGAGAAAGGUCAAGAGCAGCGACACGACACGGCGCGCCGACGUUGCGGAUGCCGCCCGGGAACGACCGCCAGUGGUGACUCUCGAAAGCUGUGAUUCCCGGAAAGUGCCCCCGGAACCGCGCCACCGCGCCACUGCAAGUGCAUAGAGUGUCGCUGCCGCCAUGCUGCCGACCGUCGCGCGGACCGCGCUGCUGCUGGCCGUGCUGCUGGCCGCGACCGUCGCGCAGCAGUUCCAGCAGCUGCAGCCGCUGCAGAGCUCCUCGCAGCGAGAGCUGCUCCUGCUGGUGCAGGACAUCCAGAACCAGCUGCAGCAGCAGGGCUUCCAGGGCUUCCAGCAGGACGGGCUGCAGGUGCAGCUGUCGCAGCCGGUGAUCCUGGAGCGGCGGGUCGUGUCCGUGGACCCUCCGCGAGAGCAGCAGGUGCAGCCGCAGCUGCAGGCGCAGCGGGUGGCGGUGCCCGUGCAGGCCGUGCAGGCCGCGCAGCAGGCCAGGCAGAGGCCGGCCGCCAACAGCACGGGUAAGCCCCAGUUCGUGGACCCCGGCGUGGGGCGCUGGGUGCUGCAGAGCGACCCGUCGUGCCUGCCGUGCAUCUGCGAGGCGGCCAGCGGCUGCGACGAGGCCAUCGGCUGCGACGACCGCGGCUUCUGCGGGCCCUUCUUGCUGUCCAAGCGCUACUGGACCCUGGCCGGCAAGCCACUGCUCAAGGGGGACUCGGUGGACAGGCCUGCAGCUUCCUCCGACUGCCUCCGGGACUCGUUCUGCGCCGCCGAGGCCGUGCGAGGCUACCUGGACAGGUUCGCGCAGGACUGCGACGGCGACCGGCGCGUGGACUGCUUGGACCUGGCGCGGGUGCACUUCCAGGGCCCCUUCAACUGCCGCGCGCCGCUGCAGCCACCCACCGACUUCUCGGAGACGUUCCGCCGCUGCUGGGACGCGUCCCGCCAAAACAGCCAAAACAGGCGGCGGUGAAGAAGGAGAAGGACUGCCGCAAAAGCAACAUUUCUGUUGGAGCCCUGCCUAUUUAUGACAAAUAAAAUAGUUGAAUUUAUUUUGUGGACAACUUUGCGUGGA